AUGGAGAUGGCUGUAGAAAAGAAUUGUUUAAUAAUGAAUGAAUUAUUUAAAAGGGCAAGAGAUCGAUAUUAUCAUUUGGUGAAUCAGGACAAUAUAAAAGAAGUGACGAGAUUCGUUGAAAAUUUAGAAGAGGCUUUGACACCUGUUCUUUA